AGCAAUCUGUUACCUGAAUAGUGAAACACCACCACUAGCAAUUAAGAGCUUAUGGCCUAGACAACAUCCUCUCUGAAUUCUAUCCAACUCUUAAAUACCCAAUCUUCUCUUCCUCUUCUUCUGUCCAAAACAGAUAGCUAUGCUUUGUCUAUCCCACUUAAUGUAUUUGCCCAUCAAUUUCUCUUCUCUUCAAAGUCUCCUAAACUAACAAGAACCCUCGUAGUCUUCAUUUCCAAAACCUUAAUCUUUCACUUCAACUAAUGGCCACCGCCAGGGAGCCCAAACCAGUUAAAAAGCUUGGAGAACUCCUUCAGGAACAGCAAGAGCCUUUUGUUCUGAAGCUUUUCCUAGUGGAAAGGGGGUAUCUGAGAAAGAGCUUUAAUGGCGGAAGUAGCUUCCCCUGCUGUCAUGGAAAUUCUAGAAAGUCUCUCAAGAGCUCAUUUAACCUUGGUCUUAAAAGCAGCAAAAAGGGUAUUUCUCACUGUCCAAAAAUAUUAAGAAAUGUAUAUAAUCAGGUCAUGUCCUUCAACCAGAGGCUCAGAAUCAAAACAUCAAAUCAUAGAGAUGAGAAUGUUGAUGAUGCAGAGAAUAAAGAGAACAGAGGAGGAGGAGAAUUAGAAAGAUUUUCUUCUGCAAGCAGCUCAACAGUGUUUAAUUCAUGCUCUGAAAGCGAUGCAGAAGAAACCUCCACUUCACAGCAAAAAGAUCACAUCUCAUUCACAACAAACACUCCAGAGUCUUUCAGACUCUGCAAUCUAAUAGAAAAUGAGGCUGUUACAGAUAGAAAGCUCCCAUGGAAAUGCAUAGAAGAAAGUAGACAACUCAGGCCAGUGUCUGUACUAGAAGAGGUAGCUUCACACAGAGAAUGUUUCAAUACAGUAAAAGAAAAGAAUCCGUCAAGGAAAGUUACAGAGGACUCGAUUCUAUCAGCUUCCCUGUGGAAAAUACUUUUCCACUCAGUAACAGAGAAACCAACUUUUCCAGGAAUCUCAGAAAUUCAGGAGCUUGUCCAAUCACAGCAGUUGAAAUCUAAGUCAACUUUGCAGCAAACAAGGCAACUUCUUUUUGACUGUAUAAGGGAGAUAGUAGAGAAACAAAGAAGGAAGCAGAAGGAAAAGCAACAGCAAGAGCAGAGAAAAUAUUUGGCAUCAGAAGAGCUUGGAAAGCUCGUUGAAGAGAAAAUAAAGUUGUGGGGAAAACAGUCUGGUGAAGAAUCAACCUUGAACGAACAACUGGAUUUAGAAUUUCGAGAUUCAGCACAAGAAUGGAAUGGUUAUGAGCCACAGAGAAGGAAUAUUGGGUGUGAGAUUGGAGAUGCCAUUUUGGAAGAGAUAAGCAGUGAAAUUGUUGUGGAAAUGAUUGAUUUCUUGUUACCAAUCAUCACAGGUUGAGCUGGUAUCAAAAUUAAUUAUUUCCAUUCUCCUUAAUUAGAAUAACAGAACCAGCUGAUAUAGGUUGUUAACAUAUAAGCAAAGCUAAAGGAUAUAUGAAAUUCUUUAUCAUUUUGGUCCAAAGAAUCUCCAUUUGCAACUCUCUCCCUCCAUGCAUGCUUUUUAUGAGAUAAUAGGACGUACUGUUAACAUGCACAUAGGAAACUCUUCAUAAAGAAUUUAUGAAAAACUUACUUAGAUAAGGUCCACCAAUAAAGGAAGGGAUGUUUGUGUAUAAAUCUCAUAUGAUUUUUAUAUGGAACAACUCCAUGUUUAUGUUUUGGGUCCUUAAUUUGCUAGCACUUGUACUAUUGAUGGUGUAUUUUUCAGAGUAGGUAAACAGAUGCCGAAUACAACCCCACACACAGCAAACCAAAAGAAACCAGAAGUUGCUACACUUUACAUUUGCCAGGCCUGGAUGGAAUACUCCAGCUCAGAUGAUUGAAGAAGAUUUCAAUGCUACAUGACAUUAUUGCCUCGUUGAUGUUGAUGUUUGAACCACCACAUAAAGUGCAAAAUAUAUUUGUCAUAGAGACUUUGAUUUAAAACUACUGAUGUUCCAUGUCAA